AUGGAGGGCCUCCUAGUUGGCGUUGCUAGAACGGAAGUCUUCCGGGUAAACCCAUCCUCAUUCGAGGAAACUGUUGUAGUGGCAUGGAAUGCCGAGGCUAACUUGAAGGCCGCAAGGCCUGCCACUUAUAACUACUCGUCUGAUGGGUCUGUAUCCAUGGACUGUAGUCAAGUGGAGGAUGAAGAAGCCGAGCUUCACGCUGCAGAGCAGCAAAUUGUGCGCAGAUGUUAUAUCUGCAAGAGUACAGGCCAUCUGAUGGCAAAAUGCCCUGCAAGAAAGGCAUAUUUGGCCUCGAAGGGCCGACGCCCCAUGGGUAAACCUUUGGUUUGCCGGGGGAAACGGCGGAACCCAGUAGGUGCAGGGCGCCCUACUGGGGAAGAACUGAGUUCUGUUGAACCUCUAGGAGGUAGAAGUAAACAGAUCCCAGUUCCAAAGAGAUCCGAACUCUCAAAAACGGAAAGAGAAUGCAAGCCAGGCUUGCUGGUCGGCGAAGGGACGGUUAAGGGCUAUGAUACACAAUGGAUCAUUUUGAUCAUUUCGGGGGCAUCGGACAAUUAUGUGCGCCGUACCACCGUGGAAGGUAGUCAGCAGUAUGCUGAAGCGCUUGUAGCGCGUGAAAGUGACACAGUUUGCUUAGCGACGGGUACGCGUGUUACGGUACCCAAAGUCCCGAUGGACUUAAUUGUAAAGCUCUUGGACUUUAACAGCACGGAACGCUGUUUGUUCUUAGACCUGGAUGCGAGGAAUGACCUUAUCUUAGGCAUGGCAUGGCAUACCAUGGACUGA